UAUAAGAUUAUUAGAAUUCAUAAAAAUGUUAAAUAUCCUAUUUAAAAGAUCCACUGUAAAUGUUGCAAAGAAGACUACCCUCCCUCUUAGAACAUUCGCUGUCCACACUAAGUUCACUAAAGAACACGAAUGGAUUAAGUACGAUGACGAAACAAUGGAAGGACAGUUCGGAAUCACUCAACAUGCUGCUAAUGAGCUCGGAGAUAUCGUUUUCGUUGAUCUCCCAUUUGAAGGUGAUACUUUUGCUCCAGGAGAUGCUAUUGGUGCUGUCGAGAGUGUAAAGACCUCCGCUCAGAUCUACACCCCUGUUGACGUUGAGAUCUUAGGAAACAAUCAAGAAAUCGAGGCUACUCCUGAGCUUGUUAACCAAUCUCCAAUGGAGGAUGGAUGGAUUACCAAAAUUAAAGUUACCUCUUUAGAUAAUGCCAAGGAUCUUCUCAGUGAGGAAGAGUACCAAAAAUUCUUGAAAACUCUUGAGUAAUGGAAGAAUAUCACUAGUUUUGAGUAAAGUCUACCAUUAAACCAAAUAUCUCAAUUAUAGUGUC